AACAACAAAAGAAAAUGAGUUUUCUUGGAGCAGGGAGACUCGCGGGAAAAGAAGCUGCCUACUUUUUCCAAGAAUCCAAACACGCCGUUAAUCGUCUCGCCGAGAAAUCUCCGGCCACUGGCAAAAAGCUUCCAUCUUCUCCGCCGGAUCCACCGGAAAUUCAACCUGACGUUCUUCCGGAGAUUCUACGCCAUUCUCUUCCUUCCAAAAUAUAUGGUCGUCCUCCUGAUCCUUCGUCUCUCUCCCAAUUCUCCAAAUGGGCUCUUGAAUCUGACCCGAACGCAACAGUUUCUAUAUCCCCUGAUGUCUUGAAUCCUCUCAGAGGUUAUGUGUCUCUGCCACAAGUCACUUUCGGCCGUAGAAGAUGGGAUUUACCGGAAUCUGAGAAUUCGGUUUUGGCGUCAACAGCUAAUGAAUUGAGGAGAGACAGAUACGGCACUCCUGUAAAUCCUGAGAAAUUGAAAGCUGCUGGUGAAGGGCUUCAACAUAUUGGAAAAGCAUUUGCAGCCGCUACUAUUAUCAUCUUUGGUUCAGCCACUUUGGUUUUUGGAACGGCAGCCUCGAAACUUGACAUGCGUAAUGCUGAUGACAUAAGAACGAAAGGCAAAGAUCUUUUUCAGCCAAAACUGGAGUCGAUGAAGGAACAAGUAGAGCCCUUAAGAACUUGGGCUGAAAACAUGUCGAAGAAGUGGCAUAUUGAGAAUGAAGGUGGUAAUACUAUCAAGGAGAAACCAAUCUUGAAGGAGCUUUCGAAAAUUCUGGGACCUAAAUCUUAAAAGGCCAAGACCUUUGGUUAAUGUGUAACCAUGUGGAUAGAGAAAGUCAAAGAAGAAGUUCUAUAUGUUUGUAAGAUUCAAUAAGAUCUUAGGUAAAUUAUCAUAUUGUGCUGUAAGAACUAAGAAGUUUCAAUGUUGCUGUAUAAAGGUUGUAUCGAGUGAUUUAAGUUUUGUAUAAUAAAGUUUUUAUGAGUUUCAAUAUCAAUGUUUCCUAUUGUGUAAGCAAAAUAAAAUGUUUCACUUCUGAUUGGAC